AUGCACCUUCUUCCACUUAGUGCAGCUCUGUUGCUGACUACAGCCUCCGCAUCUCCUCACCACAAGCGCGCAACAACACUAAUCCCCAAAACCGUCUUCGACAAUACUGCGAAUUUCGAGCAACUCUUCAACUACAACUACCCAUGGGGCGGUACAACACACAAUGGCGGCGCACGCAUGGACAAAGCACAUGUCGCAAUCUCUAGUCCCGGCGUCCUAACCAUCACUGCCCAACCAGUCAAAGGGCAACCACCCGCAACACAUGCAGGAAAGCAAAUUCCCAUCAACUAUCUCAGUGGAGCAGUGGGUGCAAAACAGCGCUUCACUGUCCCACAAAACGGCGGUCUCGUCUUUAGCGCUUCAUUCCAAGCCACCACUGCAAAAGGCACGUGGCCGGCCUUCUGGCUCACAGCCGUCCAGGGCUGGCCGCCAGAAGUCGACAUGGCGGAAUGGAAAGGCAGUGGGAAGAUAAGCUUCAACACUUUCAACACGUCUUCGUCAGUACAGGCAAGAGAUGUUCCGUAUCCAAACCCAGAGGCCUGGCAUGAUGUUAAGUGUCAGUUAAAAGACAACGGCGGAGGUGUGGUGCAGGUCAAGUAUUGGUUAAAUGGUGUGGAAGUUACGACGCAUUAUGGAAGGGAUUAUGUGGGGAAGGCGUUGUAUCUAGUGAUCAACCUGCAGAUGGAAGGAAGUAGUGGCACGCCGGGGCCCUCCAAGAACACUACGUACUCGAUCCGCAACCUGGAGGUAACGACGCUCUAG